UUCCAUCUUCUUCCAGUUUGAGGUGGGGGUUUCGCUUUGACACGGUCUAUCUGUUGUUUUACCCAUUGGCCAAUUGCCAUCACCUAAAAAUUUACUAAAAUUUACAACCAAUCUCUCCUUUUUUUUGAAAAGAACCAUGGAAUCGCUUUUUAUCAUGAUUGUUUAUUUAUGCCCAUCAUUCCUAAUCUUCCAGAAACCCUAAUUUUAUUGUUUUCUCUUACGAUACCUCGUUUCGUUGUUGACCCUGCAGUUUUCUUAACCCAUGGACCUUCAACAGCUUGAUCCCUUGCAAAUUUCAAUCCCGAAAGCCUCGGAUCCCUACAGUAUCAUGAACAAUUCCUCCGUAUGGCUUGAAAUCCGUCUCUUUUACGUUCGGAUAGCGCCCCGCGUAAUCGAUAGCGCGCCGGACCACCUCACCCUCUGCUACCUCCGCCGCGAAAUCGGUUUCUCCCUCGAAGUCAACGGCUCUCGUGUCCCGGCUUCCGAUUCCGCUUCGUUCACGCUCCGCCGCGACCGUCUCGACCGGGAGUCGUCGGAGGUCACUUAUUUGAGCACCGAUAGCGUUCGCGUCACCGGAGGGUUUGAAUUCGAGGUGUACGAGAAUGAAAAGAUGAUGUUGUGUGGCUCUUUGGAAAGGAUGGAAGGGGAAUGGAGCAUGGAUUGUUAUAUGGCGGCAGCGGUUAAGGAGCCUGGGAAUUCUGCGUUUUUCCAACGGAAAAAGGGGGUUUCAGCGCCGGGCAUUGAAGUUUACAUUGCGGGGUGUUCCGCGGGUGUGCCUGUGAUAUUGACGAAGACGAUAACAGUGAGUCCUUGGAGGAAAAAUGGGUCGAGGCUUAGUUCGACAUUGGAUGCGAUUCCUGAGGAUGAAGAGAUUGGCAAAGGGAAUAACAAGGGUAGUAAUGGAUUGGUUAGACACCGGAAUUUGCAGGUUACCGAAUCCGGACUUGAAGAUUAUGAGUUUGAUGGAAAAAUCGGACACGGCUACUACUCUGAAGACAUGUAUGCUGGAGAGGAUGGUCAGCUUUCAUGGUUUAAUGCUGGUGUUAGAGUUGGGGUUGGAAUUGGCCUUGGGAUGUGCCUUGGGGUUGGAAUUGGAGUUGGACUGCUAAUGCGAUCAUAUCAAGCAACUACCCGGAACUUUAGGAGAAGGAUGAAUACAUCCAUCCCAACGACGUCGUCUGGGCUCAGAUCCUCUGCCACGAUGCCUCGACGUAAUAUCCCUACGCCUCUCCCUUUGGUCGUUUCCCUCAACUGCGUUGAAGAUUGCGUUCUCGAACAAGAAUCAUUGGCCGGCGUCUCGCUCUUCGAGCACGUCCCUCUUAGCCGCUUAGCCGAUGGGAAGAUCGAGGCCGCCGCGGCUGUCCUCCUUCACUCUCUUGCCUACCUCCCUCGAGCUGCCCAGCGUCGCCUCCGUCCUUACCAGCUCAUCCUCUGUCUCGGCUCCUCUGACCGCGCCGUCGACUCUGCCUUAGCCGCUGACCUUGGACUACGCCUUGUCCAUGUCGACGUCUCGCGAGCCGAGGAGAUCGCUGACACUGUCAUGGCGCUGUUUCUUGGCUUGCUCCGUCGGACGCACUUGCUCUCCCGCCACGCACUUUCGGCUUCCGGCUGGCUUGGCUCGGUUCAGCCGCUUUGCAGGGGAAUGAGGCGGUGCCGAGGUCUAGUGUUGGGAAUAGUUGGCAGAUCUGCGUCGGCCCGGUCUCUGGCAUCCCGAAGCUUAGCCUUCAGAAUGAGUGUGCUUUAUUUUGAUGUUGUGGAGGAAAAUGGAAAAGUAAGUAGAUCUUCUAUAAGGUUUCCACCAGCUGCCCGCAGAAUGGAUACUCUUAACGAUUUACUAGCUGCAAGUGACCUUAUAUCGCUUCAUUGUGCUUUAACGAAUGAAACUGUUCAGAUUAUAAAUUCUGAAUGUUUGCAGCAUGUAAAACCUGGGGCUUUUCUUGUGAACACUGGCAGCAGCCAGCUCUUGGAUGAUUGUGCAUUAAAGCAACUUCUCAUUGAUGGCACCUUAGCUGGGUGUGCUCUGGAUGGAGCUGAAGGGCCACAGUGGAUGGAAGCAUGGGUGAAGGAGAUGCCCAAUGUACUGAUACUUCCACGAAGUGCAGAUUAUAGUGAAGAAGCAUGGAUGGAGAUAAGGGAGAAGGCUAUCUCUAUGUUGCAAUCAUUUUUUUUUGAUGGGGUCAUUCCAAAGGAUGCCAUUUCUGAUGAGGAUGAGGAAGAAAGUGAAAUAGUUGAUGAAAAAGGACAAUUUAGCAUACAAGACAAAGAAAGUGCUUUGCAGGGAUCUUGUGCUGAACAGUUGAUCAAUGAGAUUCAACAAAGUCCUGAAAGCUCCCUUAAAAAGGAUUCCAAUCAAUCUAAGCAGUCUAAUCAGAACCCAAGUCCUGGUUUACCUCAUAACAUUGCUGCCAAAUCAGAGGGGAGACGCAGCAGAUCAGGUAAAAAGGCCAAAAAGAGGCAGGCCCGUCAAAAAACCCUACAAAAAUCAGAUGAGCCCUUGAUAUUAGAAAAAGAAAGUACUUCACAAAGAGAAGAUGACACUGCUAUGAGUGGCACCGAUCAAGCACUAAGUUCUGGUUCUCAGUCUCCAGAAGGCUCAAGAAGUAGGAAAACCCCUAUAGAAUUAAUGCAAGUGUCAACUUCUGACCGGCUUCUUAAAACUAGCAAGAAGCUAAGUGAACUGUCUGGUGAUAGUCUGAAAGAUGGAUAUAUUAUAGCUUUGUAUGCAAGAGUUUGUCCUGCACUCCACGUGUCCAGACAAAGAGUUAAAGGUGGUGGUUGGUUCCUAGACACCAUGUCUAAUGUAACCAAAAGAGAUCCUGCAGCACAGUUCCUUGUUGUCUACAGAAACAAGGAGACAAUUGGUCUACGAUCUUGUGCUGCUGGUGGGAAAUUGCUGCAGAUCAACAGAAGAAUGGAAUUUGUAUUUGCUAGUCACAGCUUCGAUGUUUGGGAGAGUUGGACAUUGCAAGGUCCUUUGGAGGAAUGUAGGCUGGUCAAUUGCAGAAAUCCUUCAGCGGUUUUGGAUGUACGCAUAGAGAUUCUGGCAGCUAUAGGGGAGGAUGAUGGGGUGACUCGCUGGCUCGAUUAGAUUAUGAACAUUUUGGGGGG